AUGUCCAAGCCCACAGAUUCGUCGAUUUUCGGCAAAAUGACUUCCCGAGCCGCUGGAAAGCGACAAAUCAAGCCAACCGCAGUUCUGUUCGCAACACUAAACGAGAAUCAUCCAAGUUCCGAUGAAGAGGAUGAGGAUUUCGAAGGACCAAAGGAAGAAGAAGGUUCUGGAGAUUCUGGAGAUUCUUCGGAAGAGUCUAACAGUGAUGAGGAGGAAUCCGAAGAAGAUGAAGAAGAGGAUGAGAAGGAUCAGGAGCAGGGAGAACCAGAAGGAGAGAAGUCUAUCAUUUGUGGAGUCUGUGUGAAUCAGAAGAAGUCAGAUGAAGAUUUUUUAAAUUGCCGAAAAUGUGGUAUUCACGUACACAAGAAUUGCUAUAAAGGAAUUGUCCAGAGUUCAGAAGACGUCACUUCUGGAGGACUCUGGUUCUGUGAACCUUGCCAGUAUGGAUACCUCGAUCCCCCAUUCUGUGAAUUCUGCCCAUCUCGUUUCGGUGCCUUCAAAAAAUCUGAUCUACCGGAUCGAUGGGCACAUUUGAUUUGUGCUCUAUUCACACACGGAAUCGUCUGGGUUGAUGACGAUUCUUUAAGUGGAGUGUCCUGGGAGAAUCUAGAAAACUCGAACUUUGGACGAAGAGUCUGUUCGGCGUGUUCGGAUAAAAUAGAAGCGAGAUUUGGAAUUUCAUCCAGGUGUGAAUCGGGAAUGUGCAAGGAAUAUAUGCAUGUCACUUGCGCUCAGAAACUCGGUCUUUUGGUUGAUGAAUCCGGAGAUUCUGAAAUCGCCGUCCCCCGGUACUUCUUCUGUAAGAAGCACACGAAUUUGGAUAACUUGAAAAGCUUUCAACGGAGAUUCGAAGGAUGGGAGAAGGCUGAAGCGAAAAGAAUCACUGCACAUCGACGACGAAAGACUCUGGAUGCUUCGGAGGAUGAGCAGCGUAUAAAAAUGAGGGAAAUGUUGGAAGAGUUGCUGGAGGAUGAGAACACGAAGCAGAAGGGAGGAGUGCACGGAGGGGAGAAAGUUAAACAGGCCCGCCUGCUCAACUCUUCAUCCGAAUUCUUCGAUCGUUUCGAGACUAAAGCAGAAGACUCUGGAUUGUCUAAAAAGGAGUUUCGCGAUCCAUUCUACGAUAUCAAGCUCACAAACAGCUCACAUGUUCCAAUUGGUUUCUCAAAAGAGUAUUUAGAUUUCAUGCACGUCCGUGACACCCAAAUCAUCCCAGAAGAAGAGGAAAAACUCCGUAAAGUCCGCGAACUUCUCGCCGAAACCAAAGCCAAACAGGAGAAGAAAUCCACAUCAAAAGCGCUAUCCGACAAGUUCCGAGUCAACGAAGAGAUUAUUGAAUCGAAGCAAGAAGCGAUUGAAAGACUACACAAGAUUCUAGCGGAGCUAGGAGAUCUGGAUCUCCGUCAAAGCGCCGAACGUUCGACAUCCGGUACUGUUGCGAAGAAAGCGAAAGAGAGUUACAGUUGUGUGGUUUGCAAGAAGGCGACUGAGCAGCAUAAGCAGACUCAAUGCGAUCAGUGUCAUAAUAGUUAUCAUAUCGGUUGCUUAUCCCCGCCAUUGACACGUCUGCCAAAGAGAAACAAUUUCGGAUGGAUCUGUCAUGAAUGUAAUGAGUCUAGCGGGGAUGAGAGUGAGGUUAUGGUACCGAUGGAGACUUCGAGAUCAUCAAGAAAUAGAAGACCGCCGGCGAGAUUAUCCGCGUUUUUGAGUCAAUGA